AUGCUUCUUCGACUUUUACUGCUACGAUUGCUUCUUGGCUCUUGUUGGAUCGGAUGGGUCAACUCACACAAGGAAUCAGGUGAGUGGAGCUGCGAGUCCGACGCAGAAAUCAGAGUAGAAGCUGAGUUCAAGCCUGGACUCAUCACCCUCGAUGGCCACGCUGAUGAUUGGAAAGACAUUGACGCCUUCGAGUUCUCACUGCUUCCUGCUACUGACCCUGAUGCGGAUAAAGAAUACACAGGUGGAAAAAUGGCCGUUAAGGCCUUGCACGAUGGUAACAAUGUAUUUUUCUUGUUGCAAGUUGAUGGGAACUAUGCUUAUACAAAAGGUGAUAACCAUAAAUGUCCAUCAGUUGCUCUCAUGUUUCCGAUUGGUGACGAAGCAACCUAUCAUAGUAUGGGUGGCUGUAAAGAAGGAACUAAUACCUGCAAUAGGAAGAAUUGCAAAGGUCAUGAAGUUGAUAUUAUGCACUUCUCAAUUGGAAAUGCCAUUCCAGGACGGCUCUAUGGUGGGAAUCCGUUAGACAACGCGGAUGGCAAUGGAGGUGACAGGUUUGGUCAUUUGGUUGAUCUCUAUGCUUGGAAUCCACACUGUAGAUACCUUGAUGGUCUUGGUCCUUCAGGGAAAAAAGGAAAGUGGGAAGAAGCACUAAACAAAGUGAUUAGAAGGUGCACGAUCAAGGGAAUGAUUCUAGCGCCCAGAAUAACUGGAAAGGGGCAUGGUGGCACAGUAGCUUCAAUGUUCACUCAGGAUGCUCAGUUUACAAUUGGUGGAUCUAGCAAGAUGUCUGUUGCCUUCUGGUAUCCAGUUGACGGGAAUUCAUGGCAUGGAUCUGGACACUAUUCUGUCAACUGUGAUUGGAUACCCUUGGAUAUCUCUCCAGGCAAUUCUAUGUUAAAGGCAUCGACACCAGGCAGCUCAGGAGAUGUUGCCAGUGCCUUUGCCCUUCUAUUUUCAACUCGCUUUUCUUUCGAGAUUCUGGCUGCAAUGGCUGGUGAUGGAAGCAAAAAAUCUAAAGUAUCAACAGCUCCACCUCGAAAAAUCAAUGUUCAAAAGUUCGCGGAAACCCGAGCAUCUGAACUCGAGAGUCUCCACUCAAUCGUAUCAAACCGAGUAAACAACAAUUUCCGAUCUCAAAGAAACAAGAGAAGAAGAACCACUGCUUACGACAAUCAAGCUGCAAAAAAAAGACAUCGAAAGAGGCGUAAAUUAGGACUGUUUGGUAAGGCCAGCGAUGACCUGGCUUUGGCUUCCGAGAAAGAGCCAAAGAAAGUCCCUCGCCGAGUUCGUAGGAGAAUUGAACUUAAAAAGAAUCCAGAAAUUGGUUUUGCUACUUCGGGUGAUGGCACCAAAAGAUUGAGAACUCAUGUUUGGCAUGCCAAACGCUUUACAAUGUCUAAGCUUUGGGGAUUUCACCUUCCUCUAGGUUUGCACGGCAGCGGAAGGGGGUCUAGGGCUCUAUUGAAGUGGUACAGAGACAGAGCGGUUGUGCAUGAUGGAAGCUACUAUACUGCUAUACAGUUGGAAGGUCCAGAGGCAAGCAUUACUUUUCUUUCUAGUUAG